AUGCGUGUGUCGUAUUACUCGUAUUUGUCGGCCUUGGCUGUAAUUUGUCUGUUUGCCUAUGGCGACUCCUUUGCAGUAGAAGGCGUGGAAAUACUGAAAUCGGACCAAGCCAAACAGGAUACGUCCGGCCACAAGAGUCUGCGUGGCUUCCUUUUCUACGACAUGUUUUCAAGCAAAAAGGACAGUGGAAGGAAGGACGGCGGGGUGGUUCGAUGGACAGUCUGCGUCCAUAAAGUGCGGUAUGCAAACAAGCAUACGCAUCCCAUGCGUUCAAGUUCAUACCCAGUGCUACAAGGACUUCUGCGAUCGACUUCGACACCGGGUUGUACUUGUUUGUCGUGA